AUGCGAUUGAAUGGCGCAUUAAUUUCUGCACAAUUAUGGCUUAUUAUUGCUACUCAAAAUACGAAUGAAUAUGAUGAGAAAGUUCUAGCAAUGAUUCCAGAGAUAAAUUUUCUCUCAGUGCGCCAAAAAACAUUACCAACUUCGUUUUCUUCUAAUAAUUUGACGCAACAUCCACACCAACAACAUGAUGAACGUCGUUUACUGAAGGAUCGGAAUCGCAGAUUUCAACAUUAUCAACAAAGAAAAGGAGAAACAUCGAUGAACAAACUAUCAGAUGAUAUGGAAAGUACUGUCGCAGAGCCACUUAUCAGAUUCCCUGUUGUGACAUUUAUUCAGACGUAUGCUAGCAACGACACACGACUGAUACCUCCGGUAAACAGUAGCACCCUCCAAAAUAUCGCAUUUCCUGUUUUGCCAAACAGUGAAGAGCAGCGAAAUAAAAAGAGAAGACUAUCGAAUAAUACGGGAGGUCGUGAAGAUGAUAAGGAUGACAAGAAGAAAGAUGAGGAGGACAAUUAUUUAAACGAUAAUGCGAUUGAUGUAGAGGUGGAAAUCCUAAGAAAAAUGGAACGCACCACGGUGAAAGUUCGUAACUAUCCUCCCGUUACCGAAGCUACUCAAUUUCCUGUCACUGCAGACAUUGUAUCAGUUGAUCCUCGACAUGUUGCAGGUUUAUCGAUGCUGGCACCUUCGAUCCCCUUACCUUCCACACCUGGUCAUCCACGUUCACAUGAUCUUGAUUUCGGAACCCGCACAACGGUUUCAUAUGCAACCUUUAGUUCACCUCUGUCUUCAGGUAUCACUCAAGAGCAGCACUACAUUCAGAAACUAAUUCAGCGACCAAACGUCACAAAAUUAUCUGCAAUUCCUUCUUUCAUAAGUGCUUCAGCACCGAUUGCAUUGCCGAUACCACCAAGCAAAGCUGAAACAUCGCCCAGUCUUUUUAACAUUCAAUCACAAAAUUCUGGAAUUAGCGCACUGAUCAGUAAUGGUCAUUUCCGGAAUUCAGGUAAUACAAAUGCAAGAAAUAUAGAUAAUUCACUUCGGCAACGUCACUUACCGGGGAAAAUUCAAGUUCAAAUGCAAGUACAUCCUCGAGAACAGGAACCAUUAGAUGAUAUAUUGGGUUGUACAUGGGAUAUCGUUACUAACAGUUGCAAAGAUCUGUUUUCAUUAAAACUCUGUUCACACUGUCAUGAUUUUGGGAACAUUUUCUUGCAUAACUGUAAAUGCCUUUUAAAGUAUAUAACAACAUUUCAAGCAUAG